AGUGAGGAGGGAGUGCCAGUUCUGGACAGUGUUGUUUGACAGCAAGACUGAUAAGUUCUAGUAAACAACAGGGAAUGAAGCCUGUCCUUUUGUCUUCUAGUCUUGUUGGGAACUCAAACCCCGGUUUUCCCGAUCAGACAUGGCUCUCCUGCGUCUUCGAGACCAGCGGAUCCCGCUGCUCCUCUUUGUUCUUUGCUUCUCUAUUGUCUCACAAGAGUCAGCCACAGAGGUCUGCUCAAAUACCAUUCUCCCUGGACUCAAAGGUGAUGACGGGGCGGUUGGGCUGGAGGGCGAUGAGGGGAAGCAGGGAAAGACGGGACCACCCGGACACCAAGGUCUGACUGGGGAGCUCGGGAGAAAAGGGGAGGACGGACAGACGGGCAAGAUGGGGCCAGCGGGAUCCAGAGGAUGCAAAGGAGACCCUGGUGCUGUUGGACCUCCGGGAGGAAAGGGGAAAGCAGGUACUACUUGCGACUGUGGAAGAUACAGGAAAGUAGUCGGGCAGAUGGACAUCAACAUAAACAAGUUAAAAAAUGCCAUCAAGUUCCUGAAGAAUGUGAUACUAGGCAUCGUAGAGACAAAGGAGAAGUUGUACCUGAUGGUGAGGGAUGCCCAGAAGUACCCGGAGGCUCUGGCCAGCUGUGUCCGGCGGGGAGGCACCCUAGCCAUGCCUAAAGACCAAGAGACAAACUCAGUGUUAACCAGCUACCUCAACCAAGCUGGACUGGCCCAGGUGUUCAUCGGACUACAGACGGCUGCUGCUGGGAAUGGUAGCGUUGGUAAUGGUGGUGGCGGCAGUGGGGACCUACCAGGUACCCUGGUGUACGCAGACCAGAGUCCCCUGCAGAACUACACGGCCUGGGCAGAGGAGGAGGGGCAGCCACAGGGGGGAGGGGGAGGGGAUGCUGUUGCUGCUGCAGAUGAUGCUGCUGUUGUUGCCAAUAACAACAGCACCUGUGUGGGGCUGAGCAGCGUGGGACACUGGAGCCGGGUGGCCUGUGACACCAGCAUGUUCUACAUGUGUGAGUUCAGCAUGGAGCACUCGGAGCCCAUCACACAGUAGCAGCUGUAGGAUGCAGCUGAAGGAGGAGACGAGGAAUACACAGUCCCUCACAUUGGGCCCAUCACGGUAGCAGAUAUGUCCAGACGGUAGAAGAAGAAUGAGGAACACACAGCCCGUCACAAUUAUCACAAGAUACCAACGAUGGCCAUUGGGCCGUAAGCACAUCGUUUUCUUACUGUGUUUGUAUGCACUCAGUUGGUGGUCUAGGCACUGCUAUAACUUGUAAUUUAAACUUUGAGUAGACACACUAGUCUAACAAAAAAGCCCACUCUGAUGAAUGUUACAUUUGUAUACAUGUGUGUGUGUUUGAGUGGGGAAAGGUACUCUGUGGUGUGAUGAAAUAUGUAUGGUUUAAAUGUAAACACCUCAUCUCAGCAAGAGAUGAAUGAAAAUGUCCAUCGCACAAAUGCUUUAUCUCAAAAGAAACGUUUCGUUUUCUCAUCGUGCUAUUACAGUAUGCACUCAAAUGCCAGUUUUACUAGAGACACUAAACUAAACCUUGGUGAGUAAUGCCGCAUAAUACAUCAGUCUAGCAAUGAACCCCACCGUCGUGAGGUUACACUCAUUUGUAUUGAAGUCUGGACAGUGGUGGGAUAUGGGGAGAGAUAAAUGGGGAAGGAUUUUUUUUUUAACCUCAGCUAAAACAGUCAGGUCUAUAAUUUGUUUUAUUAUUAUUAUUGAAUUGAGAUGGCAGUGAGUUCAAGGACUCGUUGGGGGUGGUCCACUAUCUGCCUUCCCCACUUCCAUUUGGAGCACUCGUCUGGUGAAUUGGUGGGUCGUGCUUCGUUUGAGUUGAAAUGAGGUCAAGGAGUUAUAGUGUGUGUGUGUGUGUGUGUGUGUGUGUGUGUGUGUGUGUGUGUGUGUGUGUGUGUGUGUGUGUGUGUGUGUGUGUGUGUGUGUGUGUGUGUGGAGGGGGGUGCUUUUAAUUUCUUUGGGAACACUGAGAUAAACCCUAAACCCAAUAAAGCAUAU